AUGGUUCCAAUCACAACACAAGCUUUUGAAGUCUUUAGUGAACGUGACCAGAUUCGCGGAAACUUGUCCAUCCUUACGUGUACAGAGGAGGAAGAAGUUCAAGAUUAUUUUGAUGCGGAAUGGAAUGAACAAGAUACUGCUGUCACAUUGCUUGACCCUAGUGCAAGUAAAGAAGACGUCUACUGCUGGGGAUCAUGCGCCACUUUAGACUCGUUCAGUGUGCUCGGCGUUUGCACUACCCCACCAGCAGCAUCAAGAAAGGCCAUACCUCGUCGGAUGAGCUGUCCACGGCUCAUGUCACUUGGUGAUACUCAUUUGCUACCAAAACUAAAAUCAAUGCCACCUCUAUAUCGACCAAGUGAAUUGGGUAUAGGCCUUACUAGUAUUACUGGAGACCCACGUGACACUGAGAGCAUCACAGUUAGAAAUCAAGUCUAG